UGAACUCUAAUCACAGAGAUUAAAGAGACGAACGGAGAGGGAGACGGCAAAAGAAAACAAAGGAAGGAUGCAGCGACGGUGAUAUAAAGCUCCCCGUUUUCCUCUUUCCCCAUUCCCUUUUUUCUCUCUCUUGUUCGCCGUCGCUGUUCUCCUUUCUCUCUCGCUCGCUUGUGCUCAUCACAUCUCUGAGACCAGAAGAGGGAGAACCGGCUUCCCCUUGAGAUGGAUCUGGGAAUCCUCCUCUCGGGCUAGGGUUUCAUCACCGGAGCUCCGCUGCGCGACCGCUUCUCCACCUUCUACUCCGGCUGCGACGGCGGCGGAAGGAGAAUGCAGGCAAUGUGGCUCGGCAGGAAGGGGAAUGGGGGGCUUCUUGAACUUCUCCGGUGAUUCUGUGGCAGUCUCCUUGGGGCUCCCUUAGAUUCGAGCGAAGGGAGGAGAAGAUGCGCGUUCUUGUGAUGCUGAUGCUUUUGCUCGUUCGGUUUCACUUGGGUUCUCUCGCUUUUGGAACAAGGACAUUAAGUCCAGCUUCAAAUCCGUCCAGCCCACCUGAAAUGUGGACCAUAGCACCCUCACUUUUGGGACCAACGCAUGCUCCAUUCCAUGCAAAAUAUCAUGGCCCCAUUCGCAGUCCACAUGUGUGGAAACAUCAGCCAAGAAUACCUAAUGUGGUUUCACCAAGCUCAUUUGUGCCACCUCAAAGCCAAGAAUGUGAUGGAAUUUCCUGUUCUGAACCACUCACUUCCACACCAAUUGGGUCUCCAUGUGGUUGUGUAUUUCCUAUACGAGUAGUUCUUGAUCUAAGAAUAGCUCCAUAUCUAUUAUUUACGCAUAUAGCAGAACUCGAAGUUGAGGUUGCAGCUGGCACAUUUUUGAAACAAAGCCAGGUGAAAAUCAUGGCCGCCCUUGGUAGUAGCCAGGAUCAGCAAAAAACCAGAGUUACUAUAUACUUGGUGCCUCUUGGGGAGAAUUUUGACCAUAUGACCGCUCUAUUAAUUUAUGAGAGGUUUUGGCAGAAGAAGGUGCCAAUAAACAUGCCCAUUUUUGGCAAUUAUGAAGUGAUUGAUGUCAACUAUCCAGGAUUUCCCUCCUCUCCACCAUUUGUGGUUGGUGGAUCCACAGGGUUCGGCCUUGGUGACACCGGACGUCAUCAACAUCCUUUUACAGCAGAUGUUCCCACUGGGGGGACACAAAAAUUGAGUGCUGGAAUCAUCGCUGUGAUUGUUGUUGCAUCUGUAACAAUUGUCUUGGGAUGCUUUAUAACAAUCCUUUUUUACUGCAAAGUGAUCAAACUCAGUAAACCAGUUCCUGCUGAGGGCCCUACAAAUUCCCUGUCAGUCGCUAAAAGAUCUGGUAUCAAGUUCAUGACAUCAAACAGCUUGGCAGGCUCGUCGUCGGUGUUAUGUGUUUCCAGAAGGGCUAAUCACACACCAUCAGUGAAGACAUUUUCACUGGUGGAACUUGAGAAGGCCACAUAUGAGUUCAGCUCUAAGAGAAUUCUAGGUGAAGGUGGGUUUGGACGUGUUUACCAUGGGAUCAUGGAGGACGGAAGUGAGGUUGCUAUUAAGUUGCUUACAAGGGGGGACCAAAAUGGUGACUGUGAGUUCAUUGCAGAAGUAGAGAUGCUUAGCAGACUGUAUCACCGUAAUCUUGUCAAACUGAUUGGCAUAUGCAUUGAAGGGAACAGACGAUGUCUGGUUUAUGAGCUUGUUCGCAAUGGAAGUGUUGAGUCCCAUCUGCAUGGUGCAGAUAGGAAGAAAGGACCUUUAGACUGGGAUGCUCGGAUAAAAAUUGCCCUUGGUGCAGCUAGAGGCCUGGCAUACCUACAUGAAGAUUCCAACCCCUGUGUUAUACAUCGUGAUUUUAAGGCCAGUAAUAUAUUAUUGGAGGAAGAUUACACCCCUAAGGUCACAGAUUUUGGUCUGGCAAGGGAAGCAUCAGAAGGAGGGAAUCAUAUUUCUACUCGAGUUGUGGGAACUUUUGGGUAUGUUGCUCCAGAGUAUGCAAUGACAGGGCAUCUGACCGUAAAGAGUGAUGUCUACAGCUACGGCAUUGUUUUAUUGGAGCUUUUAUCAGGCCGGGAGCCUGUAUAUGUUUCCGAGUCUCAGAUGCCAGUGAGCCUAGUGACAUGGGCACGCCCCCUGCUGACCAGCAGGGAAGGUCUGGAGCAAUUAAUAGAUCCUUCCUUGCAUGGAAACUCCAACUUCAAUGAUGUGGCCAGUGUUGCAGCCAUAGCUUCAAAGUGUAUACGUAUAGAGCCAUCUCAGAGGCCAUUCAUGGGAGAAGUUGUGCAGGCACUGAAACUAGUAUACAAAGGAAUGGAUGAGACCUGCGAAGAUUCUCAGAGUCAGAGAGGGUCAUCCUCUUGUCGAGACUAUGGCUACAUGGGAGAUGUUGGCCCUGAGUACAGCUGGUGGAGAAAUGGGUGCUCGCCGAACCUGGCUUAUGAUUAUGGGCAUACCUCUCCUUUCAUGACCAUGGAGUGUAGUUUGGAUUCCAUGGAUGAAAAGCAGAGGCCCCAUUCUACAUCUUCUUUGACGGUGGAAUACAUGUCCGGGCACAAUAGGUCGGGUCCUCUAAGAACCAAGAGGAAGAGGACUUCAUUAUACGGAUUGAGAGGGAGCACGAGCGAAGUUGGGCAUCUUUCAUGGCAUCUCGGUAUUGACGGGCACUAUGUUUCUAGCUUGUGAAAGGAGAUUCUGUUUAUCUAAUUCAAUUUUUUUUUCUUUUUUUUCCUUAAGAUGUACAGUCGUAAAGUUCUUGUGGCUGAUGCUGUGCUUCAUCUUUAUGGUUGGUUUUUCUAUGGGCUACCAAUGUGUUAAUGAAGGGGUUAACCUAUGGCUUCUAAUUUCGGAA